UGCGCGGCUCCACCGAGAGGCUGCUCUGGGCCCUCCUCAUGUUGCAGUGCCUCGCCUUGUUGCUAUGGCUGCGUCUCCCUGCUGGAGCAGUGGCUGUUCUCAUUCGUGCCCAGACAGAGGGUGUGGCAAUCAGAACAGGAAAAACGGGGUCUGACAGCGCUGGAAACCAGACUCACUCGGUAACCCGUUGCUUGCCUUGCUGAGAACGGAGAAUGCAGCCAGCAGGGCAGCCACCCCCGCAGGGCCCCUUGCUGCUAUCUCUGGGGCGCAAGGACACCACGCGCCUCCUGGAAGUGUAUGUGAAGCGCAGCUUGAGCGUCAACGAUGGGUCGCUGCCACAGCGGAAACCGUGGGCCAAGGCCCAAAAGUGGGUCACCCCAGCUGAGGGACGGCAGGCGGUCAGGAGGUCGUCCAGUGACAGCUCGGCUCACCUGGGUCCCGAUAAGGUGUUAGCCUCCUUCAAGAGGCCCCUGACGGAAGCCCGCUCUGGUGCACCUCUGGCAGGUGUCAAAGAACAAGAGACAAAACCAGGAAGGACGAGGAAGGAUGCCAAGAGGGAAAAGAAGCCCUCGACCUGGAAGAGGUUCCUGGGCCUCUUCUCGAAGAAGCGGGGUGAGGAGAAGGAGGCCAGAGAGCACAGCGUAGAGAGAACUGGGGCCUGCUCGUCCCCGGACUCACCCCGAGACUCGCUCCUGGACUUGUCCCCCGACAUACCCUCCCCACCUGUUUCCUGCCUCUCUGUCCCCAACCCUUUCGGUGGAGACCAGGGGUCUCCCCGGUCCGGCAAGUCCUUAAAGAAGAGGCGGUCCCUUCUGAAGCUGUCCUUCCGAAGCCGUGAUACGGACGCUACCAGGACCCAAAGAGAGCCCUCUUUUCGAAUACUCCCUGGACCCCCAGAUGAAGCUGUUGUGUGCGUGGAACCCUCAAGCACAUACUAUGAGAAGGUGUCCGAAGAGUUGGAGCGGAUUGUGAAGGAGGUGAAAGACAGCCCCUCAGACGAGGAUCAUGCGACCUUCGCUGAAUGUAUUCAGAAGAGGGCUAGCAUGGUGGCCGCUGAAGAUGAGGAGUGCAUAGAGAAGAUCAUCAGCUUGUUAAAGCAACAGGGGGAUGCCAUUGAUGUUAAGAUUAAGGACAACGUCAAAGUGAGCUCCUUCUUUCAGAGCCUGUCCUACAGAGAUUUCCAGCAGCUGGCCGACCGCUACAUGGAGGAGGAGAUCCCCAGCCAGCUGCCCCAGGACACGGCCGCCCCCGAGCUGCUCAAAUUUGCCUUCACCCUGGACUUCACAGCCAAGGUGGCUGGCCUCGCCAACCAGGCGGUCAGCCGGAUCAUGGGCUUUGGGAACCAGUACCUGCAGGAUCGUUUCACCCAGAUGAGCAAGGCCCACGUGCUGACAUCUCGAGCUGAGGCGGCCCAGAGCUUCAGUGGUCCAGACUAACUGCUGUGGACUCAGAGGA